GUAAUGGGAUGGGCCUGGGUGACUUCCUGGUUUGUGUUGUAGGUCUGAGUUUCGCAGUGCCUGCUUAAUUUGCAGGUGGUGUUUGUGACUAAUAGCAGGAAUCUCUAGAACACACUGCAUGAGCAUUUGGAUAUAUGACAUAGGUCUGAUGGAAGAUAUGAAAACAUGACCUACCGGGCACACAGGGCGAGCUGGAAGGAAGAGGAGUUUGAGGAGUUAAGGGUUGACUAUGAGGACCAACCAGAUGGAAAUGACCUGGAGUCACUGGGGUGGUUUCAUGAGAAUCUGACCCGACAUUCAGCAGAAGCUAUUUUGCUUACCAAUGGACAGGAUGGCAGUUAUCUGUUGAGGAAAAGUGACUCGAAGGCCAAUGUGUACUCAUUAUCAGUAAGGGCCAAGGACUCGGUUAAACAUUUUCAAGUCUACCAAUGUGGAACAAGUCUUAAGUUUGGAUUCAAUGAAUUCUCAUCUAUAAAAGAAUUUAUUCAACAUUUUGCAAACCAACCUCUGAUCGGAAGUGAAUCAGGUACUUUAAUUUUAUUGAGAUUCCCUUACCCACGGGACGUGGAAGAACCAUCAAUAUAUGAAUCUGUCCGAGUUCAUACUGCUAUGCAAUCUGGUCGCUCCGAAUCUGACCUGGUUCCGUUGGCCCCCUCAUUGGGCACAAAGGAAGGCUAUCUGGUAAAACAAGGAGGACGUGUAAAGACAUGGAAAAACAGAUGGUUCAUACUGAGCCGCAAUGAGCUGAAAUAUUAUAAGGAUCAGAUGGCUCAGGAGCCAAUAAAGACCUUAGAUCUUACAGAGUGCAGUGCAGUACAAUUUGACUACUCACAGGAAAAAGUUAACUGUUUCUGUUUGGUGUUCCCAGUGAGAACCUAUUACCUCUGUGCAAAGACUGGAGCAGAAGCAGAUGAAUGGAUAAGGAUUUUAAGGUGGAAAAUGUCUCAAAUAAGAAGACAGACAACUCGCAGAUGAAGGAUACCACAGACCUAAAGCUCCAUUGAUCAAUGAGGACCAAACCCAGAAUGGCGGAGCCCAAGCUUAAACCCAACUGGACUCCUGGCAAUAUAAACUGACACAGACCCUUUAAAACCAUAAAAUAAGGAAUAUUUCCCCUAGUUUAUGGUUCAUAUAUGCGUGUUGGAAGCUGGUUGGCAUCCAGUGGCCUCUAUUUUAGCCGGUAGUACAUUUGGCCAGGAGAGCUCUAGGGAUGAAUUGCAGUGUCAUUCAUUCAUGUUGUAGGCAAAGCGAUGCCAUUUAACUACAAUCCACAGCCAAUUGUGGUGUAAGAAAUGCAGAGCUAGAUUGUGGUGCUGGUUUGCUACAGGUCAGAACUACGUGGGAUGUUACACAUAUUUAAAAGAGCUUUGUACGUUAGCAGUGCCCAACUGCUAGUUUUUAAUCUAUUUUAUUUUACUGUGAAUAGAGGUUGAUGAUUGAAGUUGUUUGUUCUCUGUAGAAUCUUUUACCCCCGUGAUAUUCCAUUACUGUUAUCUUACCCAGUGCAUUGUUUACAAGUUAUUGUACAAAAGAAAAGGCUGACAACCCAUGGAAGAAAAAUAAAAUAUGUAUAUACUUUUUCAUAUACC